UAAGCUUGAAAAGUUUAGAAUUGUAUUGCAAUUUUGAUUGCCUGCUUCUUCAGCAUCUUCGACCGAUGCUUGCCCACGUUCUAUGAACGCGUAAAAUAUUUGAUUUUCAGUUGCUGUCUAGACAAAAGCGGCAUUUGAACCGCAGAAAAAUGCAUCGGUCAGCGUUGGUGGCUCAACUGUGUGCUCUAUUCGUGCUAUUCGAAAAAUGCAUGGGUCAACUGCUGCAAGAAAUCGACCAGUCGCCAGCAAUCGGAAUUAAAGGGACUCGAUGUUAUGACCAAUUCAACCGGCCACAGAGGUGCAUUCCCGAGUUCAUCAAUGCCGCCUUCAACAUGGAAAUGGAAGCGACCAAUACAUGCGGAAUCGAUGGAGAGCAGGAAUAUUGCGUCCAAACCGGAAUAUCCGGGGUGCGGAAGUCCUGCUCGGUGUGUUUCCCCGGACAGUACCACGCCCGCUUCCUCACCGACAUCCACAACGUGGACAACCCGACCUGGUGGCAGUCCCAAACGAUGCUCGAAGGCAUCCAGUACUUCAGCCAAGUGAACUUAACGUUGCGAUUCGGCAAGGCGUUCGAUAUCACCUACAUCCGGCUUUGGUUCAUGUCGCCCAGGCCGGAAAGUUUCUCCAUUUUGAAGAAAACGACCGCGGAUGGCCCUUGGGUGCCCUUCCAAUACUACAGCGCGACGUGCCGAGACACUUACGGCCUGCCCGACCACAUUUACACGUCAAAAGGGGAAGAAACCAGAGCUUUGUGCACCUCAGAGUAUUCGGACAUUUCGCCCCUAAGGGGCGGAAAUGUCGCCUUUGGCACCCUGGAAGGACGGCCAUCGGCUUACAGCUUCGACACUAGUCCAGAGCUUCAGAAUGCAACUGCAACGGUUAUUCAAGUCGAUGCGUGUUCGAUGCGAAGUUAUACGAACAAACAGGCCAUGGAGGCUACUGUUUGGACUGUGCGGCGAACAGGGAUGGACCAAAUUGCGAAAGAUGCCGCCCCAACUACUACAUGAGAGAGGAUGGUUAUUGCGUGCCAUGCAAAUGUGAUCAGACCGGUUCAGUUUAUCAGCAAUGCAACUCGGAGGGAAAAUGCCGAUGUCAACCGGGCGUAACAGGCGAUAAAUGCGACAAGUGCGGAGAAAACUACUACGACUUCUCGAAGUCGGGCUGCAAAAGCUGCGAAUGCUCCCAAGAAGGGUCCGCCUUCAACAGCCCGAAUUGCCAUCCGGAGAGUGGCGUUUGCGUCUGCAAAGACAACGUCGAAGGCAAACAGUGCAUGGAGUGCAAACCGGGAUUUUUCAAUCUGGAUCUGGACAACGAGUUCGGAUGCACGCCGUGCUUCUGCUAUGGCCAUUCAUCGCAGUGCCGUUCCGCUAUGGGAUACUCGAAGUAUGCGUUGGAGUCCAGCUUCUCCAAGGGCCAGGAAAAAUGGCGCGCAGAGGAUCAGUUCUUCAGGAUUGUGCCGAUCAAGUAUGAAGCCAUCAGCCAGAGUAUUGGAGUCCAAUCGCAAGACGACGAAUGCGUGUACUUUGUGGCUCCUGAUCGGUUCCUAGGCGAUCAGAGAUCCUCCUACAACCAGCUCCUCGAGUUUUCGCUCAGAAUAGGCGACAACCGAGCCAUGCCAGCCGCCACCGACAUCAUUCUGGAGAGCAAUGGAAACCGCAUUACCAACACCAUCUUCGCCCAGGAUAACGGAUCGCCCACCAUCCAGUCGCGCAUCUUCAAGUUCAGGCUGCACGAACAUCCAGACUUUCAGUGGCAGCCGCGGCUGAACUCCCGGGACUUCAUUUCGAUUCUCACCAAUUUAACAGCCAUCAAGAUCAGGGGCACGUACUGUCCGAAAGGAGUGGGAUUUCUGGACGAUGUUAAGCUGGAAACUGCAGCUAGAGGCGCUGCAGGCUCACCAGCGCUCUGGCUGGAGUUCUGCGAAUGUCCUCAAG